CGAGGGGCGGUUGGGGCCCCGCCCCCUCGGCCGGCCCCGCCCCGUCCUGCUCGGCCCCGCCCCGCGGAGCGCCUGGAACGCCGACGCCGGUGGCGGCUGAGGCGGCGAGCGAGCGAGCGGCGCAGGGACCCCGCGGGCGGCCGGGCGAGCGGGGUUCCGCGGCGCCCGCCUCCGCUUCUUUCCCUUCUGGUGCCCCGGGCGGGCCGGCCGGCGCCGCCGCCUCCCGGGAAAAUGGCGCUGCACUUCCAGAAUUUGGCCGAGUUGGAAGCAUUAUGUACUCAUCUCUACGUGGGAACUGACCUCGCACAAAGAAUAGAGGCUGAGAAAGCACUCCUGGAACUUAUCGACAGCCCGGAAUGUCUCAGCAAGUGUCAACUCUUAUUAGAACAAGGAACAACCUCCUAUGCUCAGCUUCUUGCAGCAACAUGUCUUUCAAAACUUGUCAGCCGGGCCAGUCCUUUCCCUGUUGAGCAGAGGAUAGAUAUCAGAAACUACAUUCUGAAUUAUGUGGCAUCACAACCCAAGCUGGCUCCCUAUGUCAUCCAAGCCCUUAUUCAAGUCAUUGCUAAAAUUACUAAAUUGGGGUGGUUUGAGGUUCAGAAAGACGAAUUUGUCUUCAGAGAAAUUAUUUCUGAUGUGAAAAAGUUUCUUCAGGGUACUGUGGAACACUGCAUAAUAGGAGUAAUAAUCCUUUCUGAAUUGACUCAGGAAAUGAAUCUGGUUGAUUAUUCUAGACCUACAGCAAAACAUAGAAAAAUAGCAACGUCAUUUCGUGACACUUCCCUCAAAGACAUUUUCGUUUUAGCGUGCUCUCUUUUGAAAGAGGUGUUGGCCAAACCUUUAAACCUUCAAGAUCAAUGUCAACAAAAUCUUGUCAUGCAAGUUUUGAAACUGGUCCUCAACUGCCUUAGCUUUGACUUCAUUGGCAGUUCUGCCGACGAAUCUGCAGAUGAUCUUUGCACAGUGCAGAUUCCCACAACUUGGAGAACAAUUUUCCUGGAACCAGAAACAUUGGAUCUUUUCUUCAAUCUGUAUCAUUCACUUCCUCCACUACUGUCUCAGUUAGCACUUUCAUGUUUAGUUCAGUUUGCUUCUACAAGAAGAUCCUUAUUUAGCAGUCCUGAACGUGCCAAGUACCUUGGCAAUUUACUUAAAGGAGUAAAAAGGAUACUUGAAAGCCCCCAGGGUUUGUCUGAUCCUGGUAAUUAUCAUGAAUUUUGUCGAUUUUUGGCUCGGUUAAAGACAAAUUAUCAGCUGGGAGAGUUAGUCAUGGUGAAAGAGUAUCCUGAAGUUAUCAGAUUGAUUGCUAAUUUUACCAUUACUAGCUUGCAGCACUGGGAAUUUGCUCCAAACAGUGUUCAUUAUUUAUUAACACUGUGGCAGAGAAUGGUGGCUUCAGUUCCUUUUGUGAAAUCAACCGAACCUCACUUGCUAGACACCUAUGCACCAGAGAUCACCAAGGCCUUUAUUACUUCUCGCUUGGAAUCCGUGGCCAUAGUUGUGAGAGAUCAUUUAGAAGACCCGCUGGAUGAUAGCGCUACUGUGUUUCAGCAGUUGGAGCAGCUGUGCACUGUCAGCAGAUGUGAAUAUGAGAAGACAUGCGCUCUUCUCGUACAGUUAUUUGACCAGAAUGCACGGAAUUACCAAAAACUUCUACAUUCAGCUUCUGGGCUAACUGUGGACAUGGCAAUUCAAGAAGGACGUCUUGCCUGGCUGGUAUACUUAGUUGGGACAGUUGUAGGAGGAAGAUUGACAUAUACCAGUACAGAUGAACAUGAUGCUAUGGAUGGAGAAUUAUCCUGCCGAGUUUUUCAACUUAUCUCUUUAAUGGAUACUGGACUGCCUCAACGUUCUAAUGAGAAAAUCGAGCUUGCAAUUCUGUGGUUCUUAGAUCAGUUUCGUAAAACUUAUGUUGGUGACCAACUUCAGAGAACCUCAAAGGUUAUACGGCCGAGGAGUGAUGUAUCCAGAGCUCCAGAGAAGGCUUGGAAAAUAGUUAAGGUAUAUACCCGUAUGUCAGAAGUCUUAGGAAUAGCAGACGACAACCAUGUUCUGGAAACUUUCAUGACAAAAAUUGUUACAAACCUUAAAUACUGGGGAAGAUGUGAGCCUGUAAUUUCAAGAACUCUUCAGUUUCUAAAUGACCUUUCUGUUGGCUAUAUCCUUUUAAAAAAACUUGUGAAAAUAGAUGCUGUGAAAUUCAUGCUAAAAAACCAUACGAGUGAACACUUCCCCUUUCUUGGCAUCAAUGACAAUUGCAGUCUCAGUGACUUCAGGUGCCGAACAACCUUCUACACAGCCCUCACCCGCCUUCUGAUGGUCGACCUUGGCGAAGAUGAAGAUGAAUUUGAGAAUUUCAUGCUGCCUCUCACAGUCUCUUUUGAAACGGUAUUACAGAUAUUCAACAACAACUUUAAACAGGAAGAAGUGAAGCGUAUGUUGAUCGGGCUGGCAAGAGAUCUUCGAGGGAUUGCCUUUGCACUGAACACAAAGACCAGCUACACCAUGCUGUUUGACUGGAUGUAUCCAACAUGCUUCCCCAUUCUUCAGAGGGCCAUUGAACGGUGGUAUGGAGAACCAGCAUGCACAACUCCCAUCUUGAAGCUUCUGGCAGAACUGAUGCAGAACAGAUCUCAGCGUUUGAAUUUUGAUGUAUCAUCUCCUAAUGGGAUUCUCCUCUUCAGAGAAGCUAGUAAAAUGAUUUGCACUUAUGGUAAUCAGAUCCUGUCCCUUGGGAGCCUCUCCAAAGAUCAAAUGUAUCCAAUGAAACUCAAGGGCGUCUCCAUCUGCUAUUCAGCUCUCAAAUCUGCCUUGUGUGGAAAUUAUGUCAGCUUUGGCGUCUUCAAGUUGUAUGGGGACAACCAUUUUGACAAUGUACUCCAGGCCUUUGUCAAAAUGCUGCUGUCUGUGCCCCACAGUGACUUGCUACAAUAUCGGAAACUGAGCCAGUCCUAUUAUCCACUCCUGGAAUGUCUCACCCAGGACCACAUGAGCUUCAUCACCAACUUGGAGCCUCCUGUACUCCUGUAUGUUCUCACAUCUGUCUCAGAGGGACUCACUACUCUGGAUACAGUUGUCUCCUCCAGCUGCUGCACCAGCUUAGACUGCAUCGUCACCUAUCUCUACAAGCACAUAGCAAAGGAGGGCAAGAAGCCACUUCGAUGCCAAGAGGCUGCCCAGGCUGCUCAGAGACUCUUACAUUUUAUGCAGCAAAACCCAGAUAUCCUGCAGCAGAUGAUGUCUGUCCUCAUGAACACCAUUGUCUUUGAAGACUGUCGGAACCAGUGGUCAGUAUCCAGGCCUCUGCUGGGGCUCAUCCUGCUCAACGAGAAGUAUUUCAGUGAACUGAGAGCAAGUCUGAUAAGCAGCCAAUCACUCCCCAAGCAGGAGGUCCUUGCCCAGUGUUUCCAGAAUUUGAUGGAAGGAGUGGAGCAGAACUUGUCCAUCAAGAACAGAGACAGGUUCACCCAGAACCUCUCUGUCUUCAGAAGAGACGUGGCCGAGGCCCUGCGCUGUGACGGCAGCACUGAAACCUGCAGUCUGGACAUGAUGAGCUGAUCCGACUUCUCCCACCACAAGCCAAGCAGCCUUUAUCCAGAGACUCUUGAUGGUACAGGUCCCAGGACAGUGGGGUUGGCUAGCGCUGGGAAAUCUAUUUUUCAAAGACAAAUAACAACAAAAGCCCUAUCUUUUUUAUAAGUCUGGCCUAAUUAUAAGAAUGUACAAUAGUGCACAAUGUAAAUUCAAUCUUUGUUCUGAAAAAGCAUAGCACAUGUUUUCAGUCUUUCUAUCAGACAUCAUUAUCUUUGUUCCCAAAAAACUCUGAGAGGAUGACGAAACAAUAUUUAACCAAAGAAUAUAAUAAACUGGGUUUGUGCCCAAGUGUGCACUAGUUA